UGCAGUUCUAAUCGUUGUUUCUUGGCUGAUUUCGAUUUCCUCAACAGCCUCUGUGAGUGAGAUAUGCCAUCGAAUCUACGCUUCUGGCUGGUAUCGAUGCCUUUGGACACACCAAGAGGGUUGCCUUGCAAGAGAAGUGUACUAUCAGUUCCAAGACAAGCCCUUGAAGCUACCGGAUAUCGACGAGCUGGCUACAGAGCUUCAGCAGAAAACGGCGUACUAGGGCUAUCCUAUCGACUUUCCAUUCCAAGCAUAAGGGAAGACGAACUUCUACUCCACGACUGUGGAGACUAUUGUGAAUGGUAUCAAAGCAUACCGCAGGAUAACAAAUGGAUCGUAUACAGCCACCUCGCCUCUUCCCUCGGCUACCGCUCUACAACAAACAUUAAUGACGAAUUUCUCUGUGUCGCCUCCGUAAUUGGGUUCAGUGUUGCGACAUACACCAACCUCUCGGUCGAAAAGGCUCGCCAGCGCACCGCAGAGCUCUGCAUGAAAGCCUUCCUGGGAGAAAUCGCCCGUUUCAGACAGAGGAUCAUAUUUAAUAACUAUUAGCGGCUUACUAUUCCCGACUUCUGAUGGGCUCCAGGGUCGUACGAAUUGGGUCGUCACCUGAGUCUGAUGGUCGAUAAGGUAGUUGAGGGUUCGAAUGGAUUGGCCAUACAGUAUUUGCGUUCAUUUCAAAUGACAUAACGUGAGACUUUAGUUCUGCCGUUGCAUACGAUAUUCGGGCAACGGGUGAGCUGCCAUUCUGGCUCAGUCGACGCGUGAA